AUGCCGAUCUGGGAUCCCCUCGUCCCUGCUGAGCGCGUCAUCCAGAGAGGACUUGCUCACCUACCUACAUGGAUUAGCCGCUGGCUCGGAUACCGAGGAACAUCUGUACCUCCUUCUCGUACCUGGACUGUCUGUCUUUGGGGCUUCGUCGGUGCCUGGGGAGGUGUUGCUUCAAUCAUCGCCGUGUUUGGCCACACAAGCUACUUCCACAACAUACAUCUUGUCCCACCCAUCGUUGCCUCAUUCGGUGCUUCUGCAAUCCUUUGUUAUGGUGCCAUCGAUGUACCUUUAGCGCAACCACGUUCUCUGAUCUUUGGCCACUUCUUCAGCGGACUUAUCGGUGUUAUUAUAGCGACUAUCUUCCAGUUCAACUUGCACGAAGACCCUUACCCACGACUACAAUGGCUCGCAGCAAGCCUGGCCACCGCUUUCGCUCUGGUGGUUAUGCACCUUACCAAGACGACUCAUCCUCCAGCUGGCGCAACAGCCUUGAUCCCCUGCGUUGAUCCCCAUAUCUGGGCUUUGCGAUGGUACUAUCUGCCGGUCCUCCUGCUGUCGUCCAUCAUUGUUCUCGCGAGCGCCUGUCUGGUCAACAACCUUCAACGACAGUACCCGAAAUUUUGGGUAGCGCAAAUCCCACCUACACCACCUGUCCCAUUGACGCCUACACCAAAGUCCGUAGUGGAAGACAAAGCGACCGAGAGAUCCAGCGAUGGCGACACUCUGGGCGACCUGGAAAGGGGACCGUUGUAG